AUGUAGACAAGACCACUUGCACAUGUAGAGAGUGGGACCUAACAGGUAUACCAUGCAUUCAUGCCAUGAGUGCACUGCAUUACAUGGGGAGGGAUCCAAUCGAAGUUGUACAUGAAUACUACCAUGUGGCCACAUAUUUGAAGGCAUAUGAAGUUGGCUUAGAGCCAUGCAGAGGUGAAAGCAUGUGGCCAGUGGUUGAAGGCUUCAAGGUGAAACCUCCAGAGGCAAGAAGGAUGCCUGGUAGGCCCAAAAAGAAGAGGUUGAGGUCAGCUACUAAAAGGGAAGGCAUAAAUCCGCAUCAACUGUCUAGAGGAGGGAUGGUCAUGACCUACAGAAGGUGUGGAAAUGCAGGCCACAACAAAAGAAAUUGCCAAAAUCUUACUCUAGAAAUUCCACCUCCUCCCAAGAACAAAGUUGGAAGGCCUUCUAAAACAAGGGCGGAGGACAUGCCAAGCUCUUCAUCUACCAGGGGAGGGACAAGGGGAAGAUUCAGCAGAGGCAGUGGCAGAGGGGGUGGAAGAUCAGGGAGAGGCAGUGCAAGGGGUGGAAGAAGUGAUGUAUUUUUCAGAGAGAGGAACACGGCAAGGUCUGGGCUUGGUCUUUACAUAAGUGAGGCAACAAGAAAUCAGUACAUCAAUACAUCAUCAAGUUCAAGGGACGUGAGGGUUGUGCAAACUAGGAGCAGAACUGCACAAGCACCAAAUGAUCAACAACAAUGAAUGACAUCUAAGUCUUCUUUUUGUAACUCCUUUUGUAAUGAAGAAACAUGUACUUGAACUUCUUGGCCACUUUGAAGUCUGCUACAUUGAACAUAUCAUAUGUUAUUAGUGUGUUUAUGAUGUUAAUCAAAAGUACGGAUGGCUG